AUGUUCGAGGUGAUAACUCUCGCUUCCACUCCCGUAACGUACCUUCAUCUUUUCUGCAGAACUCCGUGUCUCAACCUGGAUUAUUCAACCGAACACGAAGUGCAGUUUCUGGGGGAUCCACAGCACCAGCAUUCUUCUCACCUAAACGGAUUUGAACAUCACUCAGAGCAGACAGGUGCUGACGAACAAGAAUUUACACUAACCGCGGAAGGUGCCGCAGAUUCUCUGAGCCCCCACGAUCCCCUCGAAGGCUCCAAAUCUCAGAUCCUAGCCGACGAAGGACAGGCUGAGAGUCAGGCCCUCGUAGAAGAGGCGAUUGCGGACGCAACGAACUCCGUACUGGGAGAGGAGCAGCAACAGCAGCAAGAAAGAUCGGAGAGCAAUCUUUUCCCCGAUAGUUCCCCUGAUCCCGACAUACCAGCCGUCGCCGAAAGUCACUUAGAAAACGGAGCGGGGCAGGAGCCCGCUUUGCCAGAUCCCUACUCACCGGAAAGCUCCCAGACAGAAGAGUUCCAACAGGAGGCGCCCCUUGAGUGCCUUGUGGGUUCUGAAAGCCAAUCGCAGCCAGUCUCUCUGUCUCACGUAACUGACGAAGGGGAGGAAGCGAGCUGUGAGCAUUAUUCACAGUUGCCUUUGCAGGAACACUCGCAAGUCUUUGAACAAGAGGAGUUCCAGCAGGCACUCCCGGAAGGCGAUAUUUUUCCCGAUCCUUAUCAAGAAAAAGAGGCAGAGGAGUCUGUAGAUCCAUCCGGUGUGACUUCACAGGAUACCAUACACGAGAAAGAAGAGGAGGAGAAAAAGGAGGAACAGAUCGAACAAGAGUUAGAGCCAUUUGAGCAGCAGCUGGACGCUGACGUUGACGAGCUCCCAUCGGCGCCGCCUGUCUCUGCUCCGGUAGUCCUUGCGACCGACUGCGAAGCGACACCAGAAGCCCCACCUCUAGAAGAGGUCGAACAUACGUUCGGAGACGAGGGGGAAGGCAGUCCAACUAAAUCAAGCGAAAUGGCUUCUGUUGAGUUUGUCAGCGAGAGCCAUCGUUACGUGCCCGAACACUGCGGUCCCGAAGCCUACGACCACGCCCACCAUGAGCGAGUUCCAGGGGAUGAGGUGGAACACUAUGAGCUGGGUCCGGCUACCGAGCACCCGCCGGAUACUGAACACUGCAGCGCCACUACGCGGGCUGUAGCUAUCAAUGAGGCUCUUCCCAUGCCGGUGCCGGUCUACCAGGCACAAUUCGAACCCCAACCUCUGGCAGUACCGACUCCCACGGACGCUGUGCGGGAACAUGAGGGGUACCCGGUUGAGGACGACGAGGAGGGGCGUAAGACCUUCCAGGAUAUUCGCCAGGACCUGGAAAGAAGAAAGUAA